GAGAGGAAGCACUGCACUUCACCAGGAUGUCUGUGAAAUGCAUUUCAGUUCUGCUGCUGCUGCUACAGCUGAGCUGCUGCUUCAGCUCUGGGAGCUGUGGGAAGGUGCUGGUGUGGCCUGUGAAGUACAGUCACUGGAUGAAUAUGAAGACAAUCCUGGAUGAACUUGUCCAGCGAGGCCAUGAAGUCACUGUCCUGAGAUCUUCAGCUUCUAUUGUAAUUAGUUCCAACAAUGAAUCGGGAAUUAAAUUUGAAACUUUCCAUACAUCCUACAGUAAAGAUGAAAUCGAGGAUUUUUUCAUGGAUUUGAUCUAUGCAAUGAUAUAUAAUGUGUCAUUAGAUAGCUAUUGGGAAACCUUUCCAUUAAUGAAAAUGAUUGUUUUAAAAAAUUCUGACAUUCAUGAAGCUAUCUGCAAAGAAGUCGUUUUGAACAAGAAACUCAUGACAAAGCUGCAGGAAUCAAGAUUUGAUGUUGUUCUUGCAGAUCCUGUUAGUACUGGUGGUGAGCUGCUGGCUGAGUUACUUAAAAUACCCCUCCUGUACAGUCUUCGUAGCUUUCCUGGCUACUUAUUGCAAAAGCAUGGUGGAGGACUCUUACUGCCUCCUUCCUAUGUACCUGUUAUGAUGUCUGGUCUAAGCAGUCAAAUGACAUUCAUGGAGAGGGUGCAAAAUCUGCUAUGCAUGCUUUACUUUGACUUUUGGUUCCCAAAAUUUAAUGAGAAGCGAUGGGAUCGAUUUUAUAGUGAAGUACUGGGUAGACCUGUUACAUUCUUGGAGCUAAUGGGGAAAGCUGACAUGUGGCUCAUUCGAAGCUCCUGGGACUUGGAGUUUCCUCGCCCACUUUUACCAAACUUUGAUUUCAUUGGAGGGCUCCACUGCAAACCUGCCAAACCUCUGCCUCAGGAGAUGGAAGACUUUGUGCAGAGCUCUGGAGAAGAGGGAGUGGUGGUGUUUUCCCUGGGGUCUAUGAUCAGUGACCUAACAGAAGAAAGGGCCAAUGUGAUUGCAUCAGCCCUUGCCCAGCUGCCACAGAAGGUUCUUUGGCGAUUUGAAGGCAAGAAACCAGACACGUUAGGAUCCAACACUCGGCUCUAUAAGUGGAUGCCCCAGAAUGACCUUCUUGGUCAUCCAAAAACCAAGGCUUUUAUAACUCAUGGUGGAGCCAAUGGUGUCUUCGAGGCAAUCUACCAUGGCAUUCCUAUGGUGGGCAUUCCUUUGUUUGGAGAUCAACUUGAUAACAUUGUCUACAUGAAGGCCAAGGGAGCAGCUGUUAAGUUGGACUGGAAAACAAUGUCAAGUGCAGAUUUGCUCAAUGCCUUGAAGACAGUCAUUAAUGACCCUUCGAAUUGAAGGACUUUGUCCAGAUCUCUGGAGAAAAAGGUAUUGUGAUGGUUUCUCUGGGGUCAGUGAUCCUGAAUAUAUCAGCAGAAAGGGCCAGUGUGAUUGCAUCAGCCCUUGACCAGACUCCACAAAAAGGUCUUCUUACAGAAACAUCCUGUGUAAAAGGAAAACUGUUAUGGCAGUUCUAAUGUAUAUACAAAAUCACCUAAAAUAUAUACAACUACAUGGCACAUGCUAAAUUAAGAGACUGAGUUUUGUUCAUAAUAACUUUGGCAAUUAACAUUGGUAUCAGAAAGAAAUAUAUUUACGAGAUGCAACGGGAAGUUGGCAUUAUCGUGCUAUGUCAGGCAAUUACACAAAAGUCCUCAAAUUCUGCUAAGUCAUGCCCUCCUUUCCUUGCAAGUUUGACUGAGGACACUGUACACUCUAUUGAUGUUAUCAAGAACGAAAGAAAU